AUGUCAAGUCAGGGUUCUUCUUUGGAUCUAUCCUCCCUCAAAUGUUGCCAUGCCUGCUUCAAACACUUUAAAUUGAGGCACGAUGGUACGUUUGUAAGACAUGGAGGUAAGGUGAAAAGAACGGAGUGUUCUGGGUCGCUUAAAAAGCCACUUUCAAGCCUUAAUCGGCGGAGGUCAUUUGGAUCUGGUAUGUCAUGCAGAAAGUUUGGAAAGACGUUGACCUGCAUUUUGAAAGCCAUCCUGGAUAACUCUUCAGUCACAGCUUUGUGGUGUAGACUGUUAUUUCUGCACGUUUGGUCCUCCGAAAGGGGCCAAGAGGGGAUAAAGGCUACAACGUUAGCAUCGGAAUAA